AUGAGAUCGAUAAAAUGUGUGGUGAUAGGUGACGGAGCUGUCGGCAAGACAUCUUUGCUCAUAUCUUACACCACAAAUACUUUCCCAACGGACUACGUGCCCACCGUGUUCGAUAACUACACUACCACGCUCGCCUUGGCGGCACCGAUGCCUCUGUCGUCGCACUCUACUAGCACCUCUAGCAUGACAGGGUCCAGCAGUGUGCUGGUGGACCACAACACACCUGUCUUCAAACAGAGCAACUCGUCAAGAAGGAAGCCCCUCACAGAGGGCGACACAUUGUCCUCAUCGGCCUCUUCGUUCUCCACGGGUGCGGACUCUGGGUCUGGCGCCUUAAAGAGACAGAUCUUUAAGCUGAACCUGUGGGACACCGCUGGACAAGAAGAAUACGAUAGGUUGAGACCACUGUCCUACAGGCAAACCGAUGUGUUUCUGAUCUGCUUCUCAGUCUCAGAACCUUCCAGCUUCAGAAACGUCGUGGAUAAAUGGUUCCCGGAAUUAAAACGUGUCUCCGGUAUAGAGUCCGGUGACCUUUACACUAACUUCAAGAAAUAUCCUAUCUUACUGGUAGGUACGAAAUCCGAUUUAAGAGAUGAUGAAAACGAAAUACAGAAGAUGAGAGAUCAGAAUCUGAGCUUUGUCUCGAAAGAAGAAAUCGAUAAAGUUGUCGAGGACAACGGUUUCAUGGGUUACGUGGAAUGCUCCGCUGCAACUCAAAAUAACGUCAGACAAGUGUUUGAAAAAGCAGUGCACAUAGUAGCUUUCGAACCAGAUAAAUUACAAAGAGCCAAAUGUGUUGACGAAGCAAGAAAAAUGUCGAUUCAGGAAGAUUCACUGGUACAAGAAGAAUCACCAGCCGCUGAACCAAAAAAAUCAGCACACCCACAAAAACAAUCGCAUCCCCAAUCUCAAUUACAAUCACAGAUAUCUGUGCCUAAACCUCAUAAGCUUUCAUCCGUAUCGGAAAAGCCAACGCAUGAAAAGAGAAAGGCAUCGCCUAUAUCUCCAGAGAGCUCACCCAGCCAGGAAACUUCGAUCGGUAAAAGCUCUGGGUCGAGAUCUGAUAUGGAGAAAUCAAAACAAUCCGUCAAGUCAGAAAUACGCCAAACUAAAAAGAAAUUGAAAAAGAAAUCUGUGAAAUGUGUUAUCAUUUAA